GUCUAAGGCUGGGGAACAGCGCGAACGACACCCAUGUACAAAUCUAGUGUAUAAGGUUUGAUAGCACGGGACGGUGAGUCGCAAGCCGCAGGUCAACGUGACCAACUGCCAGGGUUCUCGGAGCAUCCACCUCUGUUGAACGACAGUCCUAUCUCGUCAAGCAAUACCAGCUCACCGCCUUGGACAAGUGAACGUCCGACAUCGCGGCACAUAUCUUCAACGUCUUGGAGCGAUCGAUUGCAAAUCGCAAUGGGCAAUGUGUUAUCCUCUAUCGCCCGCUGGCUCCGCGACGAUUUCCGGCGCGAUGGAAAGGAGGGCAACAUGGGAAACAAUGCGACGAUGGAUAAUAUGAUAGUACGCAUGGAAAAUCCAGGGGGAUAUCAGUACAAGCAGGAAGACCACAAAAGGGAACAGCAGCCCAAUCCCAAGCGCAAGGCAAGCGCUCACAUUGAGUGGCUCUCGGGACAAUCGGGACAAAACCAAACGGCACUAAUUAAUGACGCCACACAAGAGCAAACCCUCUCUCAAGAGCACGUCGAGCAGCCAACAGGAUUGGAUCCAGCGUUCGCGAAGGCCAAAGAUACAAUGACACAGGACUCAGAGACCGACUCGGCAAGCCUGUGCUCCACAGAUUCUGAAGCUACUGUGGCCAUCGAGAAUAUUUCAAAGGUCCGGCACUUCUUCGAUACUAUAUUGCCACGAGCGGAAAAGAGCCUGCAACAACAGCUCGAUCCGGUCAUCCUUCCUACUCAGGAGGCCUUCGAAGAGACUUUGCAGCGCCUGAAUUACAAGGAAGGUUUUUGCCAUUUUGCAGUCGCAGGCGCUGCAGGGAGCGGCAAGUCGUCACUUAUCAAUUCUUUCCGCGGCCUUUACGCGGGGAAUCCUGGCGCUGCUCCAGUCGGCACGAACGAGACCACCAAGGCCAUCACCCGCUAUGAUGACCCCGAUCCAAGUCUUCCCUUUGUAUGAUAUGACAUCCCAGGCGCCGGGACAUCGAACGUGCCAGCGGAACGAUAUUUCAUUGAUCAAGGUCUAUAUAUCUUCGACUGCAUUGUCAUCGUCAUUGGCGAU